AAAUUCCAAAAAGGGGAAGGAAAGGAAGAAGAAAAAUAUAUUGAUGUAGUCAUCAAUAAAAAUAUGAAGUUGGGACAGAAAGUUUUGAUUCCAGUAAAACAAUUCCCUAAGUUCAACUUUGUGGGAAAACUUUUGGGUCCACGUGGCAAUUCUCUAAAGCGCUUACAAGAAGAAACAUUAACAAAAAUGUCUAUUUUGGGAAAAGGUUCUAUGAGGGACAAGACAAAGGAGGAAGAGUUGAGAAAAAGUGGAGAGGCAAAGUACUUCCACCUAAAUGAUGACCUGCAUGUUUUAAUUGAAGUAUUUGCUCCACCAGCAGAAGCAUAUGCCAGGAUGGGACAUGCACUGGAAGAAAUCAAGAAGUUCCUCAUCCCUGAUUACAACGAUGAAAUCAGACAGGCACAGCUUCAAGAAUUAACAUAUUUAAAUGGUGGUUCAGAAAAUGCAGAAGUUCCAGUAGUUCGUGGAAAGCCAUCUAUUCGAGCAAGAGGAGUACCAGUUCCUGCUUUGACCAGCAGGCUGUGUCUGGGAACAUCACUGCUCACCCCUGCCCCCACUACAAUGAAGUCAAAUAAGCAGCUGGUACCCUGUCCUGAGGAGGCAUUCUACAGAUUAGCCAAAACCAAGGGCCGUGGGGGUGUGCCUCCACCACCAGCAGGAGUACCGAGAGGGGCACCAGCACCCAGAGGAGUGCCUCCCAGUAGAGGACCAGUUAGUCGUAGCCGUGGACUUCUAGCACCCAGAGCAAGAGGAGUACCUCCACCUGCAGGCUACCGGCCCCUUCCACCACCUCCAGCACAGGAGACAUAUGGUGAAUAUGAGUAUGAUGAUGGUUAUGGCACUUCUUAUGAUGGACAAAGCUAUGAUUCCUAUGAUAACAGCUAUAGCACUCAAGCACAAAGUGGAGCAGAUUACUAUGACUAUGGCCAUGGACUGAGUGAAGAAACGUACAACUCCUAUGGGCAAGAAGAAUGGACCAACUCAAGACACAAGGCACCUUCUGCAAGGACAACAAAAGGAGUCUACAGAGACCAGCCAUAUGCCAGAUACUGA